AUGACUCCACUACUAAGCACAGGAGAUCACAAAAUCGAGAAUACCUCAUUGGCUGUUGAAAACCCUGAAGAACAAAUCAAAUGCUUAGAAGUAGAUACCAAUUUGGAUAAUAUGCCGAUGGUAGAAGUGACUUGUCCCACUGGAGUUGAUAAAGAUGCUCUGAGUCCCGAAUGUGGUUGUAAUUUUAAAAUUGAUUCUAGUUCUAGUUCAGUUGAUAAUGAUAAAGUUUUCUUUGCUUGCGAUAAAGACACCAAAACUACUUGCGCAAUAGUUGAACAGUCCCCUGAAAUAUUGGGCCCAGCUGACAGUGAUAAGAUCGAGCUGGGUUUGAAUUUUGAGGAUCAAUACAGACUUCACACCGCAAGUGUCGAGUUGGAAACUAACAUCGAUGAACUGAUACAGGAAAAAUGCAAAGAGAAUCUUAACGCUGUAACAAAUGCAGCUAUCAAAGAUAAAGAUAUUGAAACUGAUCAUUCAAAGGAUCCACUAUUUCUUGGAAUUAGUACCCCAGUCGAUAUCCAAAUCAAGCCUGUGUUGAGUGGUGCAUCUAGUGUCAAUGACCAGACCAAUUUUGACGAUAUGAGUUCUGACUUGAGAGUUGAAAAUGCUGAGCCGAUAGAGAGCGAAAGCAAAGUUACUGCCGAGCUUCUAACUAAUGAAUCUGCUACCAGCCAUGAAGUUAUUAAACCUGUUUAUCCAAUAUCUGAGCCGUCUCCUGGAUCUGUGUACUCAGAUCAUAGUAAUGAGAAAGUAAAUCCUAGCGCAAAUAUCAAAAUCCAAACCAUCAUUCACUAUGUAGUCGAUGCUAUCGAGGAUGAGCAGCUAAUAGAUAACAGAAGCAAAGAUAAUAUUAACACAAUCACUAAUUUUAUUUCAACUCCUCACACAAGCUCAAGCAAUGAUAUUUCUCAAAAGGGUGUCAAUCCAGCUUAUACAAAGAAAAAUGGAGACAAAUCGAAAUCUCCCUUGAAUGAGGAAAGCCUAGUCAGAAAUUCUUCAAAUUCAUCUUGCUAUUCCUCCAUAGAUUUGAAUCAUUACUUUUCUGAUACGGACAUUCUAACCACCACCAUUUUACCUAUAAAUCAGACGAGCGAUCCUUAUUCAACCAUAGGGAAUUCUGAAAUUGAAAUUGGUAAAAUGAGUAAAAUUCAAAGAGUGUACGUUGAUCCACAUCAAAGAAAAGCGGGCCAAUUUGGAGAGAAAGAAAAACUCAGAAUAGCAGUGAAAAGAGCAUUAGAAAGGGAGGCAAGAAGGAAGCAGAUCGAGGAGAUCAGAAAGAAGCAGAUAGGGGAAAUAAGGGUAAGAGAGGUCGAAGAAAAUGCCAAGUGUGUAAAUAUCCAGCCCGAUUUUUCCUUCCCAAUGAAUCCUUUUUCGAAGCUUGCAAAACGUAGAGAAGCAAUUGGUAACAAUUUAUCAGGUAUUACAAGAGACUUGAUAAUCGAGACUAGUUUUAAAGAAGCGGCUUUAGAGGCUAUUCUGAUAGUUGAAGGAAAGAAGUAA